CGCGAAUUUUUUUUGUGACUUCUGAAGUGGCAGACAGCAAAGGAGUGAUCCAAGAUGUCCUCGCCAUCGUCAACUCCAAGCAAUGGCAAGCGCGGAAGAGGCAGCAACCCCCCUACACCUGGAGGGGAGGACGCCCUGUCCCCGCCGUCUCAGCGCCGCAGGAUGGACGACACCUCGACGGCGGACCUGCAGCCCAUGCCCACGUCCCCGGCCACGGACAUGCGCAGCCCGGCGGCCCAGGACACCUCCCUCUUCUCCAGCCCCGCGCGCUCGCGCCACUCAGCUCCACCGAGUGAGAUUGACAUGAGUUCCCCGCUGACCUAUGGCACCCCCAGCUCAAGGAUGGAAGGCACACCCCGUAGCGGGGUGCGCGGGACGCCCGCCAGGCAGCGCCCUGAUCUGGGGUCAGUCAGAAAGGCCCGUCAGGUGGACCUGAACUCAGAGCCAGCCACAGGGGAGGAUACUACCAGCGAGCAGCCUGGGGGUCACAAGCUGGUGAUCUGGGGAACUGAUGUCAAUGUUGGCACCUGCAAGGAAAAGUUCCAGCGAUUCCUGCAGCGCUUCACCGAUCCCACUUCCAGAGAGGAUGAAAAUGCAGGGCUGGAUCUGAAUGAGCCUCUCUACAUGCAGAAACUGGAGGAGAUCAAUGUUGUCGGUGAGCCAGUGCUGAACGUGAACUGUGACCACCUGAAAUCCUUCGAUGCGGACCUGUACAGACAGCUGGUCUGCUAUCCUCAGGAAGUUAUUCCAACGUUCGACAUGGCCGUUAACGAGCUGUUCUUCGAGCGUUUCCCAGACUCCAUUCUGGAACAUCAGAUCCAGGUGCGACCAUACAAUGCUCUGAAGACCAGAAACAUGAGGAGCCUCAAUCCUGAGGACAUCGACCAGCUGAUCACGAUCAGCGGCAUGGUGAUCCGCACCUCGCAGCUGAUCCCGGAGAUGCAGGAGGCCUUCUUCCGGUGCCAGGUGUGCGCCUUCUCUGCGCGCGUGGAGGUGGACCGGGGCCGCAUCGCCGAGCCCGCCGUCUGCCGCAGCUGCAACACCACCCACAGCAUGGCCCUCAUCCACAACCGCUCCGCCUUCUCCGACAAGCAGAUGAUUAAGAUUCAGGAAUCUCCCGAGGAUAUGCCUGCUGGCCAGACGCCACACACCACUGUGGUUUACGCCCACAACGACCUGGUCGACAAGGUACAGCCAGGCGACCGAAUCAACAUAACCGGCAUCUACAGAGCCGUCCCCAUGCGCGUGAACCCCCGCCAGAGCAACGUCAAGUCGGUCUACAAGACCCACAUAGACGCCAUCCACUUCCGCAAGACGGACGAAAAGCGCCUGCACGGUGUGGAUGACGACGCUGAGCAGAAGCUCUUCACCGAGGAGCGCGUGCAGACGCUGAAGGAGCUGGCGGCCAAGCCCGACGUCUACGAGCGCCUCUCCUCCGCCCUAGCACCCAGCAUCUACGAGCACGAGGACAUCAAGAAGGGCAUUCUGCUGCAGCUCUUCGGCGGCACCCGGAAGGACUUCAGCCAGACGGGGCGGGGCAACUUCCGCGCCGAGGUCAACAUCCUGCUGUGCGGCGACCCGGGCACCAGCAAGUCGCAGCUGCUGCAGUACGUGUUCAACCUGGUGCCGCGCGGCCAGUACACCUCCGGCAAGGGCUCGAGCGCGGUGGGGCUGACGGCCUACGUGAUGAAGGACCCGGAGACGCGGCAGCUGGUGCUGCAGACCGGCGCGCUCGUGCUCAGCGACAACGGCAUCUGCUGCAUCGACGAGUUCGACAAGAUGAGCGACAACACGCGCUCCGUGCUGCACGAGGUCAUGGAGCAGCAGACCCUCUCCAUCGCUAAGGCUGGGAUCAUCUGCCAGCUGAAUGCUCGCACGUCUGUUUUGGCUGCGGCCAAUCCGGUGGAGUCUCAGUGGAACCCAAAGAAGACUACCAUUGAGAACAUUCAGCUCCCACACACGUUGCUCUCCAGAUUUGACCUCAUCUUCCUGAUGCUGGAUCCCCAAGAUGAGGCCUACGAUCGGCGUCUUGCUCACCAUUUGGUAUCGCUGUAUUACCAAAGUGAGGAGCAGCUCGAGGAAGAGUUCCUGGACAUGGCAGUGCUGAAAGACUACAUUGCUUAUGCGCGCACUUACAUUAAUCCCAGGUUAACCGAAGAAGCAAGCCAGGCACUUAUUGAGGCCUACGUGGACAUGAGGAAGAUCGGCAGUGGCCGUGGCAUGGUGUCCGCCUACCCCAGGCAGCUGGAGUCUCUCAUCAGACUGGCAGAGGCCCACGCCAAGGUGCGCUUCUCUGAGAGAGUGGAGACCAUUGAUGUGGAGGAAGCCAAGAGGCUGCAUCGCGAAGCCCUGAAGCAGUCCGCCACUGAUCCCAGAACUGGAUUUGUGGACAUCUCCAUUCUGACCACAGGAAUGAGCGCCACUGCCCGUAAGCGCAAAGAGGAGAUCGCCCAGGCUCUGAAGAAGCUGAUCCAGUCAAAGGGGAGGACCCCUGCCAUGAAAUACCAGCAGCUCUUCGAUGAUCUACGUGGGCAGUCUGAUAUUGCAAUAACAAAGGACAUGUUUGAGGAGGCUCUUCGGGCUCUGGCUGAUGAAGACUUCUUAACAGUCACAGGGAAGACUGUUCGCCUUCUUUAA